AUGCAAACAUUUUGCGAAAUACCUCCCGACAAGUUUUAUGGUAAAAAGUUAGCGAGGCAAGAUAAAAUUGAAGCUAUUAUCAAGAAACAAAAUUUUAAAGAAAAUCAAAUAUCUCCACUGUUUACUAAAAAAUUACUCGGUCCAUCUAAAACAUGGAUGGUUUUUAAAAAACAACAAGAUGCAAUAGAUUGUGCUUUACAACGUAGAAACGGAUUAAUGUGUUUUGCAUUUGAAGAUGUUAAUGGAAGAAGAAUGUUUUUAGUUGCUCAUCCAAAAAUAUUUUGGUCAUACAAUCAAAAUCGUUUUUUUAAAAAUUGCAACACUUAUGAAAUCAUUCUAGAAUACGCAGCUUGUAAAUUAUAUUUAGAUAUAGAAUUCGAAUAUGAAUACAAUGAGAACAGUUGUAAAGAACGAAUGUUAAAAAACCUUUUAAAUAUAAUUAAUUACAAUUUAAUGCUUCAUUUUAAAAUUUAUUGUACUGAAAAUGAUAUAUUAGAAUUGGAUUCGAGCAGUGAUGUAAAAUUUAGUCGUCACAUAAUUUAUCAAUUGAAAAAUGUCGCAUUUCAUAAUAAUUAUGCUGUGGGAAAUUUUGUAAAAAGCAUUUGUAAUGAAUUAAAACUAGCUUAUGAAAACAGUGUUUACACUAAAAAUCGCCAUUUUAGAUUAUUAGGAUCAUCAAAACAAAAUAAAAAUAUCCCACUUGUCCCGAGUGAAAAUAACAAGUACAAACCGAAUGAUAUGAAAAAUAUUAAUGAGUGCAAUUUAUUCGAGGAUUCAUUAGUCACUUGUUUUUCAUGGACAGUUAGUAGAAUUUUAGAUUUUAAUAAUUUUGAAAAUACCAAAGAACAAAAAACCAAGUUAUCGAUGACAAAUGCUUGUAAAGAAAAAAUAAUUUCCAGUUCGUCAGUUUAUCCAGAAAUAGAUUCAUUUAUAAAUAAGUUGAUAUUUCCAAAUGGGAGCAUAAGAAGGAAAACAUUUUUUUGUGAAAAAUCAUCAAUAUUAUACGAAAUUCAAGGGUAUAGAUAUUGUGAUAACAUAAAAAGACAACAUAAAACAUAUUAUCAAAAAUGUUACGAUCCUGAUUGUUAUAAUUAUCGUUCUGAUAAGAAACCAUUACCGGAAGAAAUAAAAUUUUUAUUCGAUGAUCGUCUUAAUGGUGAUACAUUUGAAUUCGUUUAUGAUUUCGAUGAUGAUGAUGAUUAUGAUAUAAAUAACGUUAUAGAAAUUCCUAAAUUUGAAUCGAGCGAUGAGGAAAUGGAAAAAGUAUUAGAAAAAUUAUUAACAAAUCGAAAAAAACAAAAACUUUUGUCAACAUAA